AUGCCUAAACAGAAGCCCGUCCAGUCCGAUACCUCUGCAUCGACACAGUCACAAUUAUUAGAUUCCCAGUACGCGAACCAAUCACCCACCAUAAGCGCCAACAGCCGCAGCAGUGGUGGCCUCACUAGAAUGAUGAGUACCAUUUAUGAGAAAUUCUCAUCCGGCUCCAACGGCAGACAAAUAGGUGGUCUUGACGGUGCAUCGAGUCCUGAUGAGCGUGAGAGGAAAACCGAUCUUCGCAAGGCACCCGAGGUAAAGAAGCAACCCACCAAAAAACCUCCUCCCCUACCUAAGAAACGGCACUCUACUGCUCUUGGAAGCAGGGGUGGUGGAGUCACCAAGCCCUCAGCACCCGUUUCGAUGCAGAAUGUGAUCAAAACAACAAAGGAAGCCACGGAAGAAAUUUUGUCCAAAACGGAAUUGGAGGGAACUCGGUUUAGUUAUGUGGCGAGCAAAUGGACCGCUCCUUCCCUGGAUCCUGAUCUCGUGGAGUUUCCAAACCUCACCACUGUGGUUAAGGUCGUGCCAGGAGACACAUAUGACCAGGCUCUCGACAUGCAAGAUGCUGGCAACACCAGCGAUUUCAUGCCAGUAUGCGUUCUUAACUUUGCCAAUGCUUUUCACCCUGGUGGGGGCUGGCUUAGUGGUUCUCGAGCCCAGGAGGAACAGCUUUGCUAUCGAAGCACACUCAUUGAGUCUCUCCACUCCCACUUCUACCCAAUGACAGAUCUGGAGUGUCUUUAUUCACCCAAAGUGAUCGUUUUCCGAGAGAGUGUGGAAAAAGGGUAUACCUUUAUGUCAGAGGACGACGAGCUACAUUUGAACCCCGCUGUUAGUGUUAUUAGCAUGGCAGCGAGAGACAAGCCCAAGUUGACCGCCGACAAAUCCGCCUACAGGGACCCGGGACAACGGUAUCUCAUGAAAGGCAAGAUGCGAUUGAUUCUACGCACAGCAGCAGUCAACAAUCACCGCCGCCUGGUCCUCGGCGCCCUUGGCUGUGGGGCCUUUCACCAUCCCCCCCAGGUGGUGGCCGAUUGCUGGAAAGAGGUUCUCAUGAAACGCGAGUUCAGGGGAUGGUUUGAGCAGAUUUAUUUUGUAAUUAGAGAUGCACCCCAUGAGAAAAAUCUCGCAAUCUUCAAAGGGACAUUGGAUGGUUUGAACAUGGGAUAA